AUGUCUAAUGAUACAGUCUUCAUUAAUAAUUUAUCUACUUCGGCUAUAAUCGGCAAAGAUGCUUGGAAUCAAGCGAGUCUACAACCAAUUUUCAUCUCAGCAAGACUUAACACCGAUUUUCAACAGGCAUCGGUAGCGGAUGAUUUGAAGCACUCCUUGAAUUAUGCUGUUCUAUCUCGUAAUAUCUUAGAAUUGAUGAAAAUCAACGAACACAAGAAUUUUCAAUCAUUGCACAACGUUGCAAAGAGUAUCUCUCGUAUCAUGCUGGAUCCUAAGCAAGGCGGUGGCGAACAGGUGGAAGUGAUUGUUAAAAGUACGAAGUCAGAAAUCAGAGCGGAUAGUGUGGAGUACAAACUAAACAGAACACGAGAUGCUCUAGUCAGCCAGAUCUUGGACGAAAUCAGUAUCAAUGGUUUAAAAAUAUUGACUGUAAUUGGUGUUUUUACAUACGAAAAAGUACAGAAACAAUAUGUGCAUAUCGAUCUCUCUCUCAAGGUUCCUUCAAAACUCAGUAUUUCCAUUCAUCAAAUCAUCGAUGAUGUUGUUCAAUAUGUCGAAUCUUCCAAUUUCAACACAGUCGAAGCAUUAGUAAUGAAAAUUGGCCAAUUAAUCAUCGGAAAACAUGCCAUCGACAGUGUUGGCGUCAAAGUUAUUAAACCCAAUGCUAUUCCAUUCACAGAUGGUGUCGGCGUAAGCUCAUAUAUGACCAAAGAUUCGUUUAAAGAUCUGCAAAGUACACAGUCCAACUUUCCAACUUUCGAUGAAAAUUCAACUAAGAAUGGAGAUCAUACUGCUUACAUUGCGUUUGGUUCGAAUCAAGGUAAUCAAAUAAAAAACAUUAGAGAAGCAUUGAACUACUUAGAAGAAGCGAAAAUUAAGAUCAUAUCUACUUCUUCGCUGUACAUAUCCAAACCGAUGUAUUACAAAGAUCAACCUGAUUUCUUCAACGGAGUAAUUCAAGUUUCAUUCAAAGACUUGUCUCCAAUUGAUUUGAUGACAAUAUGUAAAGAAAUCGAAUAUGAACGUAUCAAUAGCGUGAAAAAGAUUAACAAUGGACCGAGAUCCAUCGACUUGGACAUUCUAUUGUACGAUGACAUUACAUUCAACCGCGAUGAUUUAAUUAUUCCUCAUAAAUCUAUGUUGGAAAGAUCAUUCGUCUUACAGCCACUAUGCGAACUAAUGAGUCCUGAUGUUCUGCAUCCUGUUACAGCUGAGCCUUUUCAUCAGCAUUUAGCUCAAAUUUUAAACAGUCGACCGGAUGAAACUCUUCAAGAUUCGUUGGACCUUUUACAGAUUAUUCCAAUUCCACGAUUGGAACUGAACCACGAGAAAAAUCCUUUGAAAUUCGAUCAAUUGAAAUACAAACAUCUGACUUUGAUCAUGGGGAUUAUGAACAUCACUCCUGACUCGUUUAGUGACGGUGGUGAUAACUACAAUAUGAGCGCUGACGUCAUAGAGAGUACUGCUUUACGAUUGUUAGAUGAAGGUGCAACANCUAAAGAAACUACAAAAUUAUGA